AUGCUCUUUUCUCUCUUUCUUGCAACUUCGUUCUUUUCUUUUUUGCAUCCUUUUCUCAAUGUCUUAUUUGAUCUCUUCCACCUUGCCUAUGCCUAUCGGGUAUCCUGCCCCGGUGUAUGUACCAUAAUGGAUUUUAGCAUAAGAACAGUGCUCUUCCUCGUUGGCUCGGUCCCCCCUCUCUCGUUGUCAGUUUGUCCACUAAUUCUUCUUACCAAGGCACAAAUCUGCUGCAUCUAUUUCAAGAGUUGCACCUCACUCGUCACCACGCCAUAUUGGCUUUUCUCUUUCCACUGCCUCAGCCACCACUCCUUAGCUGCAUAA